CCACUGCCGGGGUGCCCCGCGCCGGGCCGGGCCGGGCUGUGCCCCUGCGCGCCCUUAUCGCCGCCGCAGCUGCCCGUGCCGGCCCGUGCCGCCGAGAUAGCCCUGACCGCGGCCUGGGGUCCGGCGGGCCCUGACCGGCCCCUCUGCCAGCCGCGGAGACCCGUCCUCGCCGCCGGCCUCGGAGGCUGCGUCCCGCAGCAGGGCGAGCUGGGCUGCGCUGCCCGGGCCGCGGUGGGGUGCCCGGCGUGGCGAGGCCCGACCUGCCCCUUCCCCGGCCCCGCGGGGCGGCUGGAGCGUCUGCUCCGCGGGGCCCCUCCGGCCGCCUCCCUGCACGGAGCACCGAGCCUUCCUGCCCCCGAGCACCGGGACGGGGUUUCCUGGGCUCUUCCCCUCCCGAAAGGACCCCGAGGGCUGGAGGACGCGGAGCCCCAGCAGCGCCCAACCAGGGAGGGCGAGUGGCAGAGGUGCCCUGCUGCUGCUUAGCCCCCGAGCCGCCUGGGCACCGGCACCCAGCACCGGGGCCCGGCGGGGGGAUGUGGCUGCCAUUGCUCCUCUGCCCUCCCUGAGAGCCUGGGCACCCGCUGCUGCACAGCCAGGGAUGCCGAGGACCCCGGCGUCCCGGUCCCCAGCCCUCUCCCCAUGGCUGUCCCUGGGUGCCGCCCUCGGGGACGGGUCACGCCAUGGGGUGGCUGAGGGGGCCACGAUGGCCAGUGCCGGGGGUCCCCGCCGUGGCCGCGGAGGCCCCGUUCGGUGCCCGCGGGGAGGAGCCGGUGGCCGGAGCCUGACAUCUCGGGCUGGCAGCUCCCCGGACCUCCACCCCGGGGCCGCUCGGCUCGGCACCGCCAGCGUGGAGCUCGCAUGACCUUUCAGACUCGCCGGGCCACGUCGCUUCGCUCGGCCUCGCGCCCGGGCCCCGCGGUUGCAUAAGCACGGCGAUGCGCUGGCCGGGAGGACGCACUGGUGCCGGCCGGCUCGCUGCUCCCUGCGCCUCGGGGUGCCCCGAGCUGCCUCCCACCUCGCCCCCGGGACCGGCCGAGCCGCCAGCAGGGAGGCACCAUGGUGGCUCUGUGCCGAGAUGGCGGGUUCGGGUGAUGUUUCCCCGUCACCGGCUGCGUACGCGGAGGGAGGAAAGGUCGCCGUGUUCCUUGAGUGAUGCCUGUGGGGGGGCCGCGACGUUGGAGCCGGCCUUGGCGCCGAGCUCAAGGCUGUUCCCGCGGCUCCGCCAAGGCCAGUGCACAAGGGCUGCGGGGGACGGGGCAGCGCUGGGAUGUGCCAGAGUCCGGAGCACCCUGAUCCCCCCAGAUCUGACGGCCCAGGCUGGCUCAGAGCCGCAGCACGAGGCAGUGCUGUGCUCAGGGAGCUGCGGCUGGGUGCUGGCACCUUGAGAGCACCCAGCGGGUGAGCCUGGGCUGAGCCCUGGAGCAGUGCCUGCGCACAGGCCGAGGGCAUGCGGUGGGUGAGUAACCCGGGGCCGGGAGUGGAAAAACAAGCCGGCUGGAGCUGGCAGGGCCCCAGGGCUGGUGGCUGUGCCCGGGAUGGGAGCACUGCCCUCCGGCCGCCCCGGCCAUGUGCAGGGUGCUGGGUGCCGCGGAUGCGGGUCCUGCCUCCCCGCGCAGCCCUCACCGUCCCCGCCUGCCCCGCAGAUCUGCGCCCUGCUCUUCGCCAGCCUCUACGUCCUCUGCCACUUCAUCAUAACCCACUUCAAGAAGCACACGGACUUCACCGGAGCUCAGGACGAUGAGGAUGCUGCUGUCAACAGGAUCGCGCUGGGGCUGUGCACGUUCGCGCUGGCCGUCUCGCUGGGCGCCGCGCUGCUGCUGCCCUUCUCCAUCGCCAGCAACGAGGUGCUGCUCUCCUUCCCGCACGGCUACUACGUCCGGUGGCUGAGCGGCUCGCUCGUGCACGGCCUCUGGAACGUGGUCUUCCUCUUCUCCAACCUGUCCCUUGUCUUCCUCAUGCCCUUCGCCUACCUCUUCACCGAGUCAGAGGGCUUUGCGGGGUCCAAGAAGGGCAUCGCGGCCCGGCUGUACGAGACGUCGGUGGUGCUGCUGCUGCUGGCGCUGCUGGUGCUGGGCAUGGUCUGGGUGGCCUCGGCCAUCGUGGACGAGGACGCGGCCAGCCGGGAGUCGCUCUACGCCCUCUGGCAGUGCUACCUGCCCUGCCUCCACUCCUGCGUCUCGCUGCUCGGCGUGCUGCUCCUGCUGCUGUGCACCCCCUUCGGCCUCGCCACCAUGUUCACCAUCACGGGGAAGCUGCUGGUGAAGCCCCGGCUCCUGGAAGACCUGGAGGAGCAGCUGAGCUGCACGAGGUUGGAGGAGGCCUCCGUGUCCCGGCGGAUCGCGGCUGGCAAGGCUUCCUGCUGGCUGAGCCUGGACGUGGGGCCGCCGCGCGAGCGGCUCUCGGCUGCCCGGAGCAGGCGGCAUGUGCUGGGUAAGGCACCGGCCCGGGACACCUGGGUGCCGGGAUCGCUGGCACCCCGGGGGGGGGUGAACGGGCCGGGUGCUGCACCCCUCCCCAGGUCCCGGGCUGGGGCUCCCGGGGGCGCGGGGCCCCCUCAGCCGGCCCGUCCUCCCCGGCGCAGAGCUGCGGUGCCGAGCCUCCGCCUGGCAGAGGAGCCUGGGCUGCCCGCUGGCCACGCUGUGCCUCCGGGCGCUGACGGGCCUCUCGGUGCUCGUCGUCUGCUUCCACGUGCUGGAGCUGCUGCUGGACGACGCGGCGAUGCCGGGGGGUGCCCAGGCCGCCCCCCUGGGCCAGGUCUCCUGCUCAGCACUCGGCUCCUUCGGCGCCGCCCUCCAGGUCGUCCUCGUCCUGUAUCCUUGGUGCGGGGGGGCCCCGGCGCUGCCCCAGCUCUGCCCCCUCGCUCCUCCCUCCUUAACGCCCCCGCAGCUACCUGGUGCUCUGCUCCGUCGUGGGCUUCUACAGCUCCCCGCUGUUCGCCCGGCUGCUCCCCCGGCGGCAGGACACCCCCCUCCCACAGAUCAUCGGGAACUGCGUCUCGCUGCUGGUGCUCAGCUCUGCCCUGCCCGUCUUCUCCCGGAUGCUGGGCAUCACCCGCUUCGACCUCCUGGGGCCCUUCGGCCGCGUUGGCUGGCUGGGGAACUUCUACCUCAUCCUCCUCUACAACCUGGCCUUCACCGCCCUUGCCGCCCUGUGCCUGCUGCGGGGGGGCCUCCUCCGCGCCCUCGGUCUGCCCAAGCUGCCGCUGCCUGUGAUGCGCUGCCGGCCCCGGGGCCAGUGCUGCUAACGCUGGGGGGACGGGGCUGUCCCUGCCCCGCGCCGUGACCCCCCCGGGCACCCCGAGCCUGCCGGGUGCUCCGGGACGCUGCGCUGGCUGCAGCCCCCGGCCCUGAUCACGUACCUCGGGCGGAUGCUGCCGCCGCCCCUCUCCCCCAGCCCCGCGGCCGCUGCCCCCCUCUGCUGCCCCACGUUUUCUUCAUUUGUUCGGUUUUUUAAUUCCUCCCCCAGCCUUGCACUGACCCUAAUGGGGGGGUCCUGCUCCCCGUGCCCUUGCUGCCCCCUGUCCCCACAGGGGACGCAGGUUGUCCCCCCCGAGGGGCUCAGGGGCCCGAGCUGCCCCCCGUUGCCCUCCCGGGAGGAGCAGGGCCCCGGGCCAGCUCCAUGCACCAGCCCUGGCCUUUCCGUGCAGCUGGUGUGAUGAGUCUGGGGGGUCUCUGUUACCGUGUUACCUGUCUGGAGCAAUAAACAGAGUCUGUCUUUUUUUUAUUA